AUGUUUUCCUUGACUACUAGGACAUGGACGCUGUGUGGGACGCCGGAGUACUUGGCGCCUGAAAUAAUUCAGUCAAAAGGUCAUAAUAAGGCAGUGGACUGGUGGGCUCUUGGUGUCCUUAUUUAUGAAAUGCUAGCUGGUUACCCACCAUUUUUUGAUAAAAAUCCUUUUGGAAUUUAUGAGAAAAUCCUAGCUGGCAAGAUUGAGUGGUCUCAGCACCUAGAUCCUGUUGGUAAAGACCUAGUCAAAAAAUUGCUUGUCCAAGACAGAACUAAGAGGCUUGGUAAUAUGAAGAAUGGUGCUGACGAUAUCAAACGGCAUCGAUGGUUUAAAAACAUCGAUUGGGGAGAUGUUGUGUUGAGAAAGUUAAAGGCUCCUAUUGUGCCAACAGUUCGAUAUGAUGGAGACACAUCGAAUUUUGACUUCUAUCCUGAAGCAGAUUGGAAGUCAGUGCCUUCUGUUGGUAAACAAGAGGAGCAACUUUUUUCAGAUUUCUAACCUCCUGUACAUAUAUAAAUAUUUUAUACUAAUUAUAUGUUCUAAUUUUAUUAGAUAAAUAAUAAAAUAUACUUUUUUAAAAAAGUGUACUUUC